GUUAGCAGGAAGCCGGCAAAUAGCAACGUAUUGUAUACGUAAUGGACCCAGAAACUGAAAAUGACUUCUCUGAUCUGGACAGCGACAACGGCUACGAUUUCCAACAGGAAAUCGCACGUAGCGCAUUUGCAGACAUGUGCCAUGAUUGGGAACGUAAUCAGAAAUAUGAUCGAGCCUUGCAGAUAACGAUAGCGCAACUUCAUCAACAAGGAAUUAAAGCUAACGUCCUCGAUAUCGGAACUGGAAGCGGGCUGCUGUCCAUGAUGGCAGUACGAGCAGGAGCCGAUAGUGUGACGGCAUGCGAGGCUUUCAAACCGAUGGCAGAUUGUGCUGAACGUGUGAUGCUUGCAAAUCAUAACAUGGCUUGUCGCAUACACUUAGUAAAAAAGAAAUCUACCGAGAUGCAAGUUGGUAUAGGAUUGGAUAUGGAACAGAGAGCAAACGUGCUGGUAACUGAGCUGUUUGACACAGAAUUAAUUGGCGAAGGAGCAAUUGCAACCUAUAAGCAUGCCUUAGAACACCUGCUUGAACCUGGUUGUCGAGUUAUACCACAUUCCGCUACAGUUUACGCUCAAAUUGUGGAGAGCCCUGUUGUGAUGAAUUGGAAUAUGCCUAACCUGUUGAGUAAUUCUGACGGCGAUGUUCUUAUAAGAACACCGGACGAAAUAAUGCAGUGUCGCGGAUCGUCAGCGCUAUGUGAUGUUCAAUUGAGUCAAUUACCUUCAGGAAGUUUUAAAUUGUUAUCGGACCCGGUUGCAGUUUUCGAAUUUGAUUGGUCUAAAAAAGAGAGUCUUUAUUUUAAAAGGCAUUGCAGGAAGAAUGUUACAAUAAAAAACUCUGGAGUACCGCAUGCGGUUUUCAUGUGGUGGAGCCUAAUCAUGGAUUUGGAAGAAACCAUUACGCUUAGUUGUGCACCCUAUUGGGCUCACGCCGAUUUCGAGACUCUUAAGAAAUCUAAGCGAACAGCACACAUACCGCAACAAAACGUAAUUCCUUGGCGUGACCAUUGGAUGCAAGCGAUUUAUUUCUUAGCCCCAGGCCGGCAAUCGCUAAAAGAACGUCAAGAAGUGGCAUUGGAUGCGUUUCAUGAUGAGUUUUCGCUUUGGUUUGGUAUAGAACAACCAGACCUCAAUCCCGCACAUUGCUCAUGUGGAUUCCAUAUUGCUUAUUCUCGUUCUCGAAUCGGCCAACUAAAUGACGGCCGCCGAAAUAAACAAAUCUUGAACUUUUUGGAACAAACUAUUACUAAAGAUUCCAUUGUUCUUGUACUAGGCGAAGGUUCCCUCAUAGGCCUAGGAGCGGCCGCAAUGAAAAUUAAAAAAGUAAUUUUUCUCGAGAAUAAUACGUUUUCAAGCGAUUGUAUGCAGCAUUACGCCACUUUUAACGGAUUAACAAACAUCGAAAUAUUAACCUCCGAUCAGUUAACAGACACGAUGAUAUCAAAUAUUACUCACGUAUUCGGUGAACCAUUUUUUGGUUCAGCUAUUCUACCAUGGGAAAACGGCAUUCAAUUUUGUUUACUGCUUAAUAAAAUCAGAUCGAAACUUAACCCGAGUGCAACUGUAGUGCCUAACUCUUUCAGUAUAUACGGCGUGCCUGUCGAGUUUUUAGACCUACACAAAAUUUGUGCGCCCCUUGGUACUUGUGAAGGAUUUGAUCUUAGUAUAAUGGAUGAAAUGAUCGAGAACUAUUCCAUUCUUACGGAUUCUACCGUGGAAGCACAACCGUUAUGGGAAUACCCAUGCUUUUCUUUAGCAUCUCCUGUUGAGUUGACCAGAAUAAAUAUAGCAACAAGCUCGCUCAAGCCUAUAGAUUCGAAAGGCGUAAUGGAACUUCACAAAGAUGGUGCAAAAUGUAAUGGUGUUGCUCUGUGGGUAGAUUGGCAUUUCGACGCGAAGCAAACUCCUAAAACAACCAUCUCUACUGGGCCACUGUUUUCAAUAGAUAUGUGUAGUGAACUGCAACACAAAUCUAUACAACCCAUUCAGUGGAACCCUAAUUACCGACAAGGGGUUCAUUUGUUUAAGAAAGCCGUUACUGAGCAAACUGUUACGUGGGCGAUUAAGUUUAAUGCCCAACUAAACGCAUUUUAUUUUCAUUUUGAAUAA